GAAAACUGAGUUUUAUUCUCUUUUUUUUUUUUUUUUCCAAAUAAAAAUCUUUGAUCCAGACCUUUGCUAUUUGCUAAUUACAUGGGUGUCCUGACCACAAGACCUUUCGCUAAGGUCCAUACGUACCCUUCAGAGGCCGUGCUAGUCAAGUGAGUAGUGACCUGCAUCCCCAGCAGCAGAGAGGUGGGGGUCCAGAUGCACCAUCAGCCACACGGGCUUACGCCAACCUCAGCCACCGGCUUAUGAUUAAUCUAAGUCAGCAAAAUAAGUGGUGAUGCGAUGACCCAGAUCAGAUUCUGCAUGCCACAUGGCGGCCCAUCAACCAAUCGGGCAACUUCUCUGCUAUCCAUCAAGAUAAGCCCAUUAACACAUUAACAGCUUCAGCACUCCAAAUCAAACAGAAACAGCACACCAGAACACACUGCAGGGCAAAAAAAAAAAAAUCUGCUAAUAAGCUAAAAUGGCUUCCGCUGCCUGUGCUUCCUCUGCUGUGGUAGCCGUCUCGAUCUCUUCUCCCAGUUCCCAGAAGAGUGGAUCUGUUCUUGGGGCAACCAAGGCAUCUUUCCUUGGAGGGAGAAAACUGAGAGCGAGGAAGUAUACAGCACCAGCCGGAACACGGUCUCUUUCCGUAUGUGCAGCAGCAGCUGACCCAGACAGGCCUCUCUGGUUCCCAGGCAGCACCCCUCCUCCUUGGCUCGAUGGCAGCCUCCCCGGAGACUUUGGCUUUGAUCCUCUAGGCCUCGGGUCUGAUCCAGAGAGUCUGAGAUGGAACCAACAAGCAGAGCUUGUACACUGCAGAUGGGCUAUGCUAGGUGCUGCAGGUAUUUUCAUCCCAGAGUUCUUAACGAAGAUCGGAAUCCUCAACACCCCCUCAUGGUACACAGCCGGAGAGCAGGAAUACUUCACGGACAAAACCACCCUCUUCAUAGUUGAGCUAUUUUUCAUUGGUUGGGCAGAAGGAAGACGGUGGGCGGACAUCAUCAAGCCUGGGUGUGUAAACACAGACCCCAUAUUCCCCAACAACAAGCUAACUGGGACUGACCUUGGCUACCCAGGUGGCCUCUGGUUUGACCCACUUGGCUGGGGUACUGGUUCUCCCGAGAAGCUCAAGGAGUUGAGGACAAAGGAGAUCAAGAAUGGAAGGUUGGCCAUGCUCGCUGUGAUGGGUGCUUGGUUCCAGGCAAUAUACACAGGCACUGGACCCAUUGACAACCUCUUUGCCCACCUUGCUGAUCCCGGUCAUGCCACCAUUUUUGCAGCUUUCACUUCCAAGUGAUAGAUCAAGGAGAAAGCUAAUUGAAAUUGAUGCCUGGAAGAACAUUGAAUCUUUGCAUAAAGAAGUUGAAGAUUGCUUGUGCAAGAUACUUUUGUAUCAUUAGAACUUGUAUUACCUCUGUUCAUGAUUCCUACAGAAUGAGCGCGCUGUGUACAAAUACUACUUUACUUCUUUCAAGUUGGAUGCCAUAAAAAUAAACUAGUUAGCAAUGAAAA